UUCGUUAACAUAAGCACCGUCUCCUCCCCCUUCUCUGCGCAUUUGAACAAACACUUGAAACUGUACUGUAUUUCACCCAACAGAUCUUAAGGAAUUGUCUUUCUGCUCUCGGAAAUUCUAUUUCUUGUUUAAGUUAGUUGAAACACACAUAAUUAGUCAUGAAUCCUGAAAAAUUUACCCACAAGACCAGUGAGGCACUUGCUGAGGCACAUGAACUAGCUAUAUCAGCAGGGCAUGCUCAAUUUACACCCUUACAUAUGGCAGUGGCUUUAAUAUCCGAUCACAACGGUAUUUUCCGGCAAGCAAUUGUGAAUGCUGCUGGUAGUGAAGAAACAGCUAAUUCAGUUGAAAGGGUAUUCAAACAAGCCAUGAAGAAAAUCCCUUCUCAAACACCAGCACCUGAUGAAAUCCCACCUAGCACUUCACUGAUUAAGGUGCUCCGACGAGCACAAUCACUGCAGAAGUCUCGUGGCGACACCCAUUUGGCAGUUGAUCAGUUGAUAUUAGGCCUUCUAGAAGAUUCCCAAAUUGGUGAUCUUUUAAAAGAAGCUGGGGUUAGUACAGCAAGAGUGAAAUCAGAAGUAGAGAAACUUAGGGGAAAAGAGGGUAAAAAGGUAGAAAGUGCUUCAGGGGACACCAAUUUCCAAGCACUUAAGACUUAUGGUCGUGAUCUUGUUGAACAAGCAGGAAAACUUGAUCCUGUGAUUGGUAGGGAUGAAGAAAUUCGAAGAGUAAUUCGGAUUUUAUCGAGGAGGACAAAGAAUAAUCCGGUGCUUAUUGGUGAGCCUGGUGUUGGUAAAACAGCAGUAGUUGAAGGGCUAGCACAAAGGAUUGUUCGAGGAGAUGUCCCGAGUAAUUUGGCUGAUGUUAGACUUAUAGCAUUGGACAUGGGAGCAUUAAUUGCUGGAGCAAAAUAUAGAGGUGAAUUUGAAGAGAGGUUGAAGGCAGUGUUAAAGGAAGUGGAAGAAGCAGAAGGGAAAGUGAUCCUUUUUAUUGAUGAGAUUCACUUGGUUUUAGGUGCUGGUAGGACUGAAGGAUCUAUGGAUGCUGCCAAUUUGUUUAAGCCAAUGCUUGCUAGGGGCCAAUUAAGGUGCAUUGGUGCAACAACUCUCGAGGAGUACAGGAAGUAUGUGGAAAAGGAUGCUGCGUUUGAAAGGCGUUUCCAGCAGGUAUACGUGGCUGAGCCUAGUGUUCCUGAUACUAUUAGUAUCCUUCGUGGGUUGAAGGAGAAGUAUGAAGGGCAUCAUGGUGUCAAAAUUCAAGAUAGAGCUCUUGUGGUUGCAGCCCAGCUUUCGGCUCGGUACAUUACAGGUCGUCAUUUGCCAGAUAAGGCUAUUGACCUAGUUGAUGAGGCUUGUGCAAAUGUAAGAGUUCAACUUGAUAGUCAACCUGAAGAAAUUGAUAAUCUUGAAAGAAAGAGGAUUCAGCUAGAAGUUGAACUUCAUGCACUUGAGAAGGAAAAGGACAAGGCUAGCAAAGCUAGACUCAUUGAAGUGAGAAAAGAACUUGAUGAUUUGAGGGACAAACUUCAGCCUUUGACGAUGAGGUAUAAGAAAGAGAAGGAAAGAGUUGACGAACUUCGCAGGCUCAAACAAAAGCGCGAUGAACUCACGUAUGCUUUACAAGAAGCUGAAAGGAGAUAUGAUCUUGCUAGAGCAGCAGAUCUUAGGUAUGGGGCUAUCCAAGAAGUGGAAGCUGCUAUAGCAAAUCUUGAGAGUAGCACAGACGAGAGUACAAUGUUAACUGAGACUGUUGGACCUGAUCAAAUCGCGGAAGUAGUCAGUCGCUGGACUGGUAUUCCUGUCUCAAGGCUUGGUCAGAAUGAGAAAGAGAAAUUGAUUGGUCUUGCUAAUAGAUUGCACCAAAGAGUGGUUGGGCAGGAUGACGCAGUUAGAGCUGUUGCUGAGGCUGUACUAAGGUCUAGGGCUGGGUUGGGAAGGCCACAACAACCAACUGGUUCAUUCCUUUUCUUGGGACCAACUGGUGUUGGAAAAACUGAACUUGCUAAGGCUCUCGCUGAGCAGCUCUUUGAUGAUGACAAGUUGAUGGUCAGAAUUGACAUGUCCGAAUACAUGGAACAGCAUUCUGUUGCCCGGUUGAUUGGUGCUCCACCAGGUUAUGUUGGACAUGAGGAGGGAGGACAACUCACUGAAGCUGUGAGGAGGCGCCCUUACAGUGUAGUGCUUUUUGACGAAGUGGAAAAAGCUCAUCCUACUGUGUUCAAUACCUUGCUUCAAGUGCUGGACGAUGGACGAUUAACAGAUGGUCAGGGUCGUACAGUUGAUUUUACUAAUACAGUCAUUAUUAUGACCUCAAAUCUUGGAGCAGAGUAUCUCUUGUCAGGAUUAAUGGGCAAGUGCACCAUGGAGAAGGCUCGCGAUUUGGUCAUGCAGGAGGUGAGAAAGCACUUUAAGCCUGAGUUAUUGAAUCGGCUAGAUGAGAUUGUAGUGUUUGAUCCUUUAUCGCACGAGCAGUUGAGGCAAGUAUGCCGUCACCAACUGAAAGAUGUAGCAAGCCGUUUAGCUGAGAGGGGUAUUGCCUUGGGCGUUACUGAGGCCGCGUUAGAUGUCAUACUUGCUCAGAGUUAUGACCCUGUUUAUGGUGCAAGACCUAUUAGAAGGUGGUUGGAGAAAAGAGUGGUAACUGAGUUAUCCAAGAUGCUCGUGAAAGAGGAGAUCGAUGAGAAUUCAACCGUCUACAUCGAUGCUGCAUUCGAUGGGAAAGAUCUAAGCUACCGAGUGGAGAAAAAUGGAGGGCUUGUCAAUGCUGCCACUGGGAAAAAAUCUGAUAUAUUGAUUCAGCUCCCUAAUGGACCGAGGAGUGAUGCUGCUCAAGCAGUGAAAAAGAUGAGGAUUGAAGAAAUAGUGGACGAUGAUGAAAUGGAAGACUGCUGAGGCCGUAAAAUCACUGGGGUAAAAUGAAGAGAAGAAUACUUCACUUAACUCUUUGUGAUGGAGUCCAAUAACAUUCUCAGGAGGUGAAUGUAUAUGAUCACAGAUUUUUGUUGAAUGUACAGUGGUGUUUUAUGAAUUGAAUGUCUAAAUGGGGAUGCAUUCCCUAAGUUUCUGAAAAACUUAUCCUUUUCUCUUCUGUUUUUCUUUGUCCACGUUUUGAGUUUGGAGCGGUGUCGUUUAAGUAACUGUGGAGUGAAGUGUUAAUGUCAAAAGUUGAAGAGGGCUUGUGUUGAAAAUGUUGGAGUGAUGUAAAGGUGAAUUCACGAUUCAGUGUCAAUGAGUCCAAUUUUAUGGUAUAUACAUAUUCUAAGUAGUUUGUUUGGCA